UCAACUAAAAAGCUAGGUGUACUAUGAAAAAUUGUGCCAUUGCCUAUCGAUAUGCCGAUUUAAAAUGAAGCUCUAUCGAAUGUAUCUGGUGUUGGUUCUCAGCUGCUGGGGCAUGCUGCUUCAUCCGCAGUUGUACUUCUAUACCGAAUCGAAACAGGAAAUGCUGGGAGUGCGUAUACUAAACAUAUGGCCGGCUCUGAUACAGGCAAGUUUCUAUACCAUGCCCGCCGUGCUGGCUUUAUGCCUGCCCAGUCACCAGGUGUUGCGGGGCCGUGUUUUGGUGCGCUAUAAUUGCAACUGGUUAUUUAUGAUACCCUACAUAAUGCACUGCCUCUACGGAUUUGGGAAUGGCGCGCUUCACAUGUUUCUCCAGAUGAGGAGCCUCUCCGUGCUGAAUGCGGCGAACUUUAUCAGAGCUCUAGUCAAGAUUAUACUCGUGUAUAGCAUGCAGAUGUAUGCCAUACUCGAAAUGGCCAUGACACUCUGCUACGGGCUUAAGAUUCUGGCGCUGGAUGGGUCGAGACUCUACUGAAACUCGACUGUCGAAACUCGCAGCUGGCAAGUGGCAACAGCUAACAACAAUUAGCUGGGGCUUAUUUGAUUAGCUUGCUAAUUGCCAGCAGGCAGCGACUCGCACCAAUAAAUUCAUGCACAUUAAUUUCUUAUCAGCGCAAUAAAGCUAGCAAGCCGGAUU